AUGGACAGAAAUAGAGAAGGAAGAAGAAUUAAUAUGGCGGCAUCAAAUGGCUUGUCAAGAAGACGACACAGAACUAUCAGCCUCAGAGACUCACCAGAGGAGGAUGGCCCUGUGGAGUUACAGGAAACGGCGAGGUUACGAGAUCGAGGCAGCGUUAAGAAAGAUCGAGACCGUGAACGAGAUAGAGACCGUGACCGCGAGCGAGACCGAGACCGUGACAGAGAUCGGUUGAGCAGGAGCAAGAGAAGGAGAGCUGAGAGGUUGAUGCACGGGAACAACAGGGAAAACGGCGAUGAUGAGAGCACGGAGGAAAGUGCGAAUGACGAAGAGGAAGAAGACGAUGACUAUGGUAGUGGAGGAGGGGCAGAAAGAGUUGGAACCUCCACGAGACUGCUUCCGCCAAAUCCGUCUUUAUCUUCGUCGAUGGCGAAUCAUCUCUACCGAAAGAGCUUUCCGCUGCCGUCUAAAAUUGUUAAGGCUGCGACGACAUCCCCGUGGAGACCCACCGAUGAUAUGAUUGGAGCGACGGUGCCUAGAAAAGCUCGGUCAGUAUGCGCUAAGAGGUCUCAUGAUUGGGUCGCAAGUGUUAGUGGAGUCGUUGGAGAGCAAAUUCACCGGCAGGCAUCGACAUCUCCGGCAAGAUCCAAUGGACCAAAUGUCCAGGCGAUGUUGUCAUCUACAACUCCGGUCUCACCAUCUUCUUCUAACGCUUCUCUGAAAAAGAAGAUGAAGCCUAAUGCACCGAAGCAAAGGCCACCCAAGUCGAGUUCCAAGUCCGCCUCGUCAGCUCAGGACGAGAUUGAGAUUGAGAUUGCGGAAGUGUUGUACGGGAUGAAUAGACAGCCACAGAUACUGUCAAACCGAGAAGUCAUUGGAAAUGGUUCCGUUAAGCUUGAUACCAGGGAAGUUGGUAAUAGUAAGUCUACCUCGAAUGCCAAAUCAAGUGUAUCCUCUCCGAUGUCCAACUCUCCACCAACUGCACUGCAGUCAAAUGUCAUCUCAGCACCGGCUCACAUGUCCGUAGUCGCACCAAAGAGGAAACGUCCUCGACAGGUCAAGUAUGAGGAUGAGAAUCCUUCGGCUUUCACAGUUAGAAGUGAGGGUCCCAUUACGUCUACAACCAAGGUUGAGAUUGACCCGUCCGAACAGCCAGCAAAGCCCGAAAUUUGUUCUCAUAAUCUGGAGAAGAGCUUUGGAUCUGCUGCUGAGAAUGGCGGAAUUUCGCAUGAUUUGAUGGCCAGUCGAGCAGCAUCCGCUCAAGCAGAGCUGCCAUCGGAGACGUUGAGGAAGCCAGAUGGUAACUUGAUAUCCGAUUCUAAGCCUAUGACCGAAGAAUCGGAGAUUAGAGAUUUGGGUGAGACCAAAGAGGAGCCUGAGUCUCUGAAGAAGGAAUCUCCUUCUAGGCUAGGAUUGGAUGUUGAUCCUGAAAAUCUGAAAGCGACAAAAGCGAAUUCGACAGUUUCUCAGAUUGAAAACCUGCGGGAGAAGUUUCAGAUAGAUCUGAUGGCUCCUCCGCCACUUAGAUUAUCUCCGGAAAGGGACGGCGAGUUUGAUUUUGUGGCCGUGGAUGCUAAAGCUAUGGUCACGGAUGUAGAAACGAAAACAAAGACAAAUGGAAAGGAAGACGUUGGGACGGUGAAAAGUAGUGAAGGAGAUAAUGCAGAAGUUGAGGAGAAGGCGGCGAAAAUGGCUGCAGAAGUUGAAUCUCAGAAGCGGGUCGUUAACAAAGAAAGAAAUAUUGAUCUCCAGCUGGAUUUGGAGAAGAGUGAGAGAGAUAGCGGCGCCGCCGCUAGCUUGAGUGGGAACAAACCUCACCAGAAUGGCCAAAAGCAACAACAAUUACUCAACGCGGACAAAAAUGCUCAAUCAAAUUCUUCAUCUCUGCCAAUGUCUAUGGCUAGCUGGCCUGGUGGGCUUCCUCCCAUGGGAUACAUGCCACCUCUACAAGGUGUUGUAUCCAUGGAUCGGAGCUCUGUAUCGUCUACAACAAUGCAGCCUCCUCAUUUGCUUUUUAGUCAUCCCCGGCCAAAGAGGUGUGCUACCCAUUGUUACAUUGCUCGGAAUAUACACUACCACCAGCAGUUUUCAAGGAUGAACCCAUACUGGCCUGCUGCAGCUGGGUCUGCUUUAUCAUAUGGGGCUAAGGCCUGCAAUGUUGGUGUUGUGCCCUCUACAGAAUCGCUUGGCAAUAUUCUUGGUAGGGGAGCUGCACAAGAUAAGGGUCAGGGGCUGGCAAUAUUUCCCGGUAAUACCGGGAAAGACAAAGGCUCCCCAGCUGUCAACAUGGUGGUGGAUGGUGCCCAGAGAAAGCAAAUUUUACUUCAGCAAGCACUACCCGCUGGAGCACCGAGUAAUAUCUUGCAUGGCCCUGCUUUUAUAUUCCCUUUAAGCCAGCAACAGGCAGCGGCUGCUGCUUCUGUCCGACCUGGUUCCGUUAAGUCUUCUCCCGCUGCUACCGGUCAUGGAGCUUCAUCAAGUACGUCUAGUACUGAAACAGCGGCAGCAGCUGCUGCCUCAGCAAUUAGCUUCAGCUACCCAACUAUUCCUGGCAAUGAAGCUCAAUAUUUGGCAAUUUUGCAAAAUGGUGCCUAUCCAAUUCCAAUUCCUGCACAUGUUGGAGCACCUCCAGCUUACAGAGGAGCCCAUGCUCAGGCAAUGCCUUUCUUUAACGGGUCGUUCUAUUCUUCUCAAAUGCUUCACCAGUCUUCACAACUUCAGCAGCAGCAAAUCCCAGCCACUCAGUCACACCAGGGUCAACACAAUCAGGGUCACCCAAAUCCAAGCAUUCCCAGUGGUUCGUCAUCAUCCCAGAAGCAUUUGCAAAAUCAGCAGCAGGUGCAUUCCAGCAGUGGCAUCAAUGGAAAUUUGUUAGGUUUUCCUGGUCAAAAAAACCAGACCUCACAGUCUUUACAGCCUCAGCAGAGGCACCAGCCACAGGGUCAAAUUGUUUCGCAUCAAACUCGCCAACUUGAGAGUGAGGCAGUUAGUGAAGAUAGCCCUUCAACUGGAGACAGUAGGGUUUCUCGUGCAAAUGUGAGUAUUUAUGGGCAAAGCUUUACAAUGCCAUUCCCACCCCCAAAUUUUGCUUUGAUGAAUCCAGCCGCGGUGAGUACAGCCACUGGUACAAAUGGCAACCACAUCGAGAAAAAACAGCAACCCCAACAGCAGGGCUCGAAGGCUGGGGUUGAAUCUCUUCCAUCUCCAGCUUUUGCAAUGUCAUUUGCAUCAAUGAAUGGUGGUGCAACUGCAUCAGGCCUUGAUAUUUCGUCCUUGGCACAGAAUCAUGCACUUCGCCAGAGCCUUCCCGAGUCUACAAGGCUUGGCUAUCAUGUUACGGCAGCUGCCCAAGCAGCCCAGCACAAGAAGAAUUAUCAUGCUUCUGAAGAAGGGAAAACUAGUGGUAGUGAUGCCUUGAACAUGGAUGAAGAAAGAAGGGCAAUGGCAGGAAAGGUUCAUGCAACUGUUGGGCAGUCAAUUGGUUACUUUAGGUCAGAUGCAACAGGUAAUUUGGUAUCAACAAUACCUGGAAGCACUGUUGUUGAUAGUUCUGCGCGAACGGUUAAUCUUGGUUCAGCUUCUGGUCGUGCCUCAAAUUCUAUAAUGUCAACUGCUGUCAGCACUGUUGAUUCUUCCAGAGCUCAACAACAGUUACACUAUCAAAGUUUUCAGCAUCAGCACUUGAUGAUGGUUCAUAGGCUCCAGCAGCAAGCACAAGCAGCUGCUGUUGCAGCUCGAAGCAAAACACCAGCAACAAGUAACGGAAGUAUUUACCCUGACCAAGUCACUUCUUCAUCCUCUAUCACUGCCAAGUUUCCUAAUUCUGCAUUUCCACAAAGUCUUGUUCAGAGCAGCAGUAGUCCUGGCCAGUCUUCACAGUGGAAAAAUUCUGUGAGGGCGGCAUCCCAAGUUCCUUCUCCAACUACGGCUUCAUCAACUUCUUCAUCCCUUAAAAAUAUAACCCAACACCAAGGCAGAUCGCAGCAAAGCCAAACACAGAUAUCUUUUGCGACUAACCCAAAAACAUCGACGGCAGGACAGGUGCAACUACCAUCUGUUAGCAACCAAUCUCCAUCUCCACCAAUGGUUGUUGGCUCGCCCACAACAUCCAUUUCCAAGAGUGCUGGUGGAAGCCCCAGGACAACCGUUUCUACCUCCACUGGCAACAAAGGUGGACAAGCUUCUGCCUUGUCAUCUCAGCCAGCCAAGAGCUCACAAUCACUGCCUAGCCAUAAAUCAUCCCCCGUGAGUGGGAGGAGUGUUCCAUCCAUCCUUGGCAAUCCCCACAUCUCAUCUGCAAGCAUGGGAACCAAGUCUCAACUGCCACAGCAGCAGCAGCUGUUGCAAAAGCAUGCAAUGCAGCAGCAAGCCCAGAUACCGUUUUCCAGUGCUUACAUACAAGUCCAAGGUCAGCAUGCAGCAAAUACAACAAAUGCCACAUCAGCUUCAAGUGGCUACUAUCUCCAAAGACACCGCAAUGAGCAACAACAGCAGUUGCAAAGCUCUUCAGCAACAUCCUCGUCUGGGAUGUUGUCAUUAUGCCCUCCUGUCACAUCUAACACCAGCACUUCUGAUCCCACAAAGGCAAUUGCUGCAGCUGCGGCUGCUAGCAACAUGAAAGGUGGCAUUCUAACUUCCCAGGGUCUUAUGCAUGCUCCUUAUUCUGCGACACAGUCUUCUGCUAAGCCCCAUCAGCUUGUCCCUACCAGCUUCUCAUAUGUACAUCCCGUUCCCACCCCAGUGCAGGUUAAACCAGCAGAGCAGAAACAACCAGCCGGUGAGUAGAGUAAUGCCCAUUUGUGGGCCACAUGCCAAGCAUAUGCCAGGGAGCAGGAUGGAAAAAAUGCACUGAUUGAGCAAAUGAUCUUACUUGGGGUUUUGUAGAAUUAUGGAGAUGACCUGGAAAUGCAACAGGAACGCUCCCGGCAUCCCGACAAAGGAUGAGCACUAAAGGAGGUACGCCAUUAGCUCCCACAAUUUUGGGACGGAAACAGUAGGGAAUAUUUUUUUGUUCACUGUGGAAAUAGGCUUGGCAAUGUGUAUUCAUCAAUGUACUUUUGUGUUUAGAUUCUGAGAGGGUUUAUAUGGUGGGAGGUUCUAAUUCAAAUUCAAUUGGUUAUAUAUGGCAAGGGUAGGCAGUGAGUAGUGCUGGGAAAGUAGCUGAAAAUGAGGGAACCUUUCCUUCUUUUGGGGUUGUAGGUGGAGGUUUUUUACUUUUCAUAUUUAUUGUUUUCUUCCUUGUUUUAAGAUCGUAGAAACAGCAGUGAAUCUAUCAUCAAUAUAUGUUCAUGAUAUGGAGGUUUUAUAUGUAUAUGUCUGGCACAUAUAAAUAGCAACCCUCCUAAUUUUUCUAUCUAAUAUUUUGGAGCCUUGCCUUC